AUGGCCCGGGCUUGCCAGAGCAGGCCGCCCAGCACAGGCCUGCCCGCAGGCCGCUACAGAGGCAGCACCCAGGGUGCCUCCCGGGCGGGCAGCGGCCAGCUGGGAACUUCCCCGGAGAGCGCCAGGGCUGAUGCGCCCGGGAAGAAGCCGGCGGGGCAGGCGGGGCAGCCCCCCCCCCAGCACAGGACCUGCGGCAACGGGAAAGGGAUGCCGCGGAGCCAGGCGGGAGGGAGCACCGCUGCUCCUGGGGGCGGGCACAGCGGCGGCGGGGAGGCCGCGGGCGAAGGGGCUGACGGGCCGGGCAACACCCCGGGCUGCAACACGCUGCGCCUGGCGCCGGUUCUAGCGUCCCGACUCCCGCCAGAACGGUUGCGGACACGGCGUCGCCCUUGGCCCGGUCCAGUGCUCGGCCAAGAGCCAGCCCGCCUGGCUCCUCACAGGCGCGGCGACGGACGCCGACCGGGCACCCAGGCUGGCCUCCAGUCCGAGCGCCUCGCUGCCCUGGCUCGGGAGCCACGCUGUCCCGCCUGGGCAUCACAACAACCCUGCGCGGCGGGCCGCUGGGCGCUUCCGACCGGGGCGUCUGCUUUGCAAAAACUCAAAGGAGCCGAGCGGGCGGCCAGGGACGGCCCAGCCGGGAAGAGCCGCCGGCCGCGCCUUGUCGCGCAGCGCCGCCCGCCCCGCCCCAACAGCUGCACCCGGCGUCCACCCCCCCCCGCGGCCCAGGGGCUGCUGGGAAAUGUAGUCCCCGCCCGCCCAUCCGUUCCGGGCGGCUCCUCGCAGCACCGACCCGGCGGCGCGCCAGGCAGCCUGAGCGCCGCCCCCCCGCCAAGCGCGCGCAAGGCCCGCCCGCCGGAGCGGCUGCAGGAGGGGCCUGGCGGGGCCGGGGAGGGCGCCGAUCCUGCGGGCUCCGGGGCCGCGCCCCGCCCCUGCCUGCCCGCCCCUCCCGCGCGCGGCCCCGGUCUGCCCGGCGCAGGCGGCGGCGCUCCCGCCCGCUCGGGGUCCGGCCCGCGGAUGGCCGUCGGGGCUGCCGCGCAGGUGCCGGUGAGGUGUGAGGACAGAGCUCUUCAGUUUGCCUCAGAGCGGUGGAAGGACCGGGCUGCCCCCGAGGAUGCCAUGCGGGAGAAUUUUGGUUCCACAAUUGCUCUUGGGUCCCCCACUGCCCAGCCGGGGAUUGAGGAAGGUGGUCUGCCUCCAGUCAAAGCUCAAAGGGGAGCAGAGACCAGUGACGCUCCUGGAGGCAGCCAUGCUGGUAUGAGAGACAAAACGAGCUGCUGGGAGAGAGGAAUUGUACCCCCGGAAACUGAGGGCACGGUGAGAAGUGAGCAGCAGCCAGGAGACCCCCAGAGAGGGCCCGGAGACCCCAAGGGCCCAGAGAGAAGUUGCCCAGGCGAGUGGCUGAUCCGGACGGUGAAAGUAGAAACGGAGGACUACUCGGAAUGGCCGGCUGGGCUGAGCGCAGAGGUGCUGCUCUCGGGGCUGCCUGUGGGGGCAGUUUGCAAGUCCGAGGGCCUGAGUCCAGGGGGCGAGGAGGGUGCCAGCGGAGGGCUGGGUGAGCUCUCGGGCCUGGCACUGCAACAGUGGCAGAUGCUGAGCGAAGAGAAGUCGCUGGGCUGCCCCCGGUGCGAGCAUCCUGGAGCCCCGCUAGAGGGCAGCCAGGGAGACCCUCGGCCACGCCCUUUUGCUUGCUCCCAGUGCGGCAAGGCCUUCGGGAAGAAGGCCCACCUGACCCGGCAUGCCCGGGUGCACACUGGAGAACGCCCGUUUGCCUGCACCCAUUGUGGCCGCCGCUUCUCGCAGAAGAUCCACCUGGGCUCUCAUGAGCGCGUGCACACGGGGGAGCGGCCCUUCCCCUGCGGCCGCUGCCCCAAGAGCUUCCGCAAGAAGACCCACCUGGUGCGGCACCAGCUCACCCACACUGGGGAGCGCCCCCACGCCUGCCCGCUCUGCUCCCGGAGCUUUGUCCAUCGCCGGCAUCUGCUGCGGCACCAGCGACUCCACGAGGAAGGGAAUGCGGCCUGCAGGGAGCACGUGGAACCGAGGCAGGGUCCAGAGCCCUGCAGCCGCGAUCUCGAGCCUGGGAAGGACCCAGAGCCCUGCAGGGAGCAAGUGGGACACCAGCAGCCUGUGGCCCCUCCUGUUGAAUCUGGACAGGCCACAGCCCUUUGCAGAGACCAGAGUGAACUGGGGCAGACUGCCACCCCCUACAGGGAGGAGGCUGGCCCAGCACAGGGUCUCACCUCCUGCACGGGUCCUCCAGAACCGUAUCUGGGUCCAGUCCUUUUCAAGGCUCAGGCUGAACAAGAACCGGGCAGAGUCCCUUGCCUGGACUACCCCAGGCAAGGAGAAGCUCUUGCCCCAGGCAUGGUGUGCCCUGAGCAGGGGCCCUGUGGCAUGACCUGUGGGGUGCAGGCCGAGGCCGAGGGCAGCACGCUCCAUGUGGAACGGAUCAGCAAGACAGAACCGGAAGAGGAGGAGGCUGGCUCCUGCCAGCUGCCUGAAGAGAAGCCGUUUUUGUGCUCUGACUGUGGAAAGGCAUUUGCCUGGAGAAAGAACCUGGCUUCCCACCAGCGGCUCCAUGCUGAGGGCGGGCGUCCUUUUUCUUGCGCUGAGUGUGGGAGGGGCUUCAGCGACAAGCGCCACCUGACUGCACACUUGCGUGGGCACAUGGGCCUGUUGCCAUAUGCUUGCCCACACUGUGAAAGAAGCUUUGCACACCGAGCUGGCUUGGCUGCGCACCAGUGUGGCGGUCAUGCCGGGCAGCGCCCGUUUGCCUGCAGUGAGUGUGGCCGGUGCUUUGCCCAUAAGCGGCACCUGCAGCGACAUCGGCGCAACCAGCACUCGGCCGAGCGCCCUUUCUCCUGUGCUCAGUGUGGUCGCACCUUCAGCACCCGGGCCAGCUUGCUGGCACACGUCAAAUCUCAUGCCGGCCAGCGUCCCUUUGCCUGCCCGCUGUGUGGUCGGGCAUUCAGCCGCAAGUCGCACCUGGCCCGGCACGAAGCUGUGCAUACAGGGCUGCGCCCUCAUGCCUGCUCCCAGUGCCCACGGCGCUUCAGCUCCAAGACCAAUUUGGUGAGGCACCAGGCUGUGCACACUGGCCUCCGCCCGUACAUCUGCACCCAUUGCGCCCGGAGUUUCAGCCGCAAGACACACCUCCUGCGCCACGAGCGCACCCACAUCAGCACCCCCAUGCCCAGCGCUCCCAGCUGGCCGCCCACCUUGCCCCAGAGCGCUCUGCCCCACUUGCAGUCAGAGCAACCCAUGAUCUUCCCUGUGGCUUUUGAGUCGGCCUGGCAGUGACGGAACGGCCCCCGGGUCCUGCUGUGGGCUAAAAUCUGGUCUAUGUGCACCAAAAUCCAGGCAAAAGACUAUGCCCCCCCCCUGCAAUUCUGUCCCAAGGAGUAUUUGCAGCCUACAGAAACUAUAAGCCAGUUUUAUAUACAUUUGCAAUGUUUUGCCUAAUUCUGGUGAGAGUGUCCUUUUCUAAGGCAAAACAAUUAAGCCGAAGGAACUUCUGUAUUAUUUGACUGAGGGAAGGCAGCACAUCUACAGGGCACUGCUGCCCCCGUUGAGAAUGCAAGUUGUGAGGCAUCGUUCUCUAAGUGUCGCCCAUCUACUUUUGAAACUGUCUUUAGUGCCAACAGGACUGGAAACUUGGCUCUCUGAGAGCACAAAGACAGAAGCAAACCAAGAGUGUGCCGAGUUCUGAACCCAGAGCCAAAUCGUGCCCAGUGGAGAAUCACAAGAUGCACACGGACUGGAGCAUCCUGACCCGGCAAGCAUUUCAGCCUAAAAAAAUAACGGAACAUUUUAAAAAAAGAAAUCAUUUUAGUAGCAUCUUAAGACAAAUGUAAAUUACAUUUUUAAAAAACUUUUUCUGAUAUAAACAAAAAUAAAGUAAUGAAAUUUU